UGUCGUAAAAAGUCCACCCUGCGUGGCCGCAAUACUUUACGGUAUACUUGUUGUUUUAAAACUCGCUACCGAAAUGGCUAACUCGUUGAUUUGCAGCCUAACUCAAAGCAGAGUGAGUUCGGUGCUUAACCGGGAUGUAAAGCAGUUUGGUAAAAAGUUCAUGUUCGACAAUAAUGAGGAAACCUGCUGGAACUCAGAUCAGGGUGCGUGUCAGUGGGUGCUGCUGGACUUUCCUGGAUCUGUGCAGGUGUCAGAGGUUAAACUCCAAUUCCAGGGAGGCUUUUCUGCUAAAGCAUGCAGAAUAGAAGGUUGCCUAAAAGAAGGAAACUUCACAGAAAUUAGUCGGUUUUAUCCCGAAGACAACAACUCUACCCACAGCUUUCCCAUACAGGAGGCCCCUGCGGUGAACAGAGUAAAAAUACUGUUUGAGAACAGUGCAGACUUUUUUGGGAGAAUUAUUGUUUAUUCCUUGGACGUCUUGGGAGAGAAAACUUCAUGACCAUUUUAAAAACGUUUCUCAUGAGAGAGGAAGUGACCUCUGGGUAACGUAUGGGAUGGUGCGGUGACACUGGUGAAGGAUGUAGUGCCACCUUGUGAGCGAAGGCCUUUUUUGGUCCGAAUGGCUGCCUCGACUGCUGUGGAUCGUGACUGUUGUGCCUUGGAAAUGAACCCUCAGCCAAUUAAAAAAUAACUUUAUUACAAACUUGUUUACAGAAGUGUUCUUCACCGCUUCACAGUCAAAUAAAAUAAAUCUGAAACACAAA